CCAGCUCCGAGAAAGAGUCAGGGCAAAGCAUUUGCACUGAAGCAUUUGCACUGAAGCAUUUCACACACACACACACACACACACAGAGAAUGGAGGGAGCGGCCCAGACCGUCUUAAGCAAUGCUGGGCAGCUGUUGGGUGCCGAGUAUCGGCUACUCCGCGGCGUCGGCAGCGAGGUCGCUGAGCUGCGGGACGAUCUAGCCACCAUGAACGCCCUCCUCCGUAUGCAGUCCGAGGCCGAGGACGGUGCCGUGGACCACUUCGCCCGGGAGUGGAUGAAGCAGUUGCGCGAGCUCGCCUGCGAUGCCGAGGACUGCGUUGACUUAUACAAGCUCCGCAUCAAGUGCAGGCCGAACGACGGCGUGCGCGCUUGGUUGGAACGCCUGCUCGGGACGCUCUUGCGGCGCCGUCGCCUCGCCUCUGAAAUCAGCGCCCUCCGCGCCCGCGCCGUCGCCGUCAGCGAGCGCCACGCGCGGUACGGCGUCGACCGCGACGCACUACGCCGCUCUCCUUCUUUAUCUGGCCCUCCGGUGCUGGCGGCGUCCGCGUCUGCACAUGCGCUCCGCCCAGCCAACGGCCCUGCUGCUGACCACCACCAGCUCGUCGGCAUCGACGACCAGGCGCGCUCCCUGGUCGAGCGGCUGAAGGAGCGGGUCAACGAAGAGCGCUAUCUCAAGGUGUUCUCUGUCGUGGGGUUUGGCGGCGGCGGAAAGACUACGCUGGCCAUGGAGGUGUGCCGGCGGUUGGAGGCGGAGUUCCCGUGCCAGGCGAUGGUGUCGGUGUCUCAGGCGUUCGAGCCGGGCAGGGACCUCAAGGCACUGCUCAAGCGCGUGCUUCAGCAGGUCGUCAAGUUCAAAACGGAGAAUGAGAGAGGCGUCAAGGAAGAGGGGGACCUGGGAGGAAUCGACGACCUGGAUGAACAACACCUGGCGGACAAGCUCAAGGAGAGUAUCAACGACAAAAGGUACCUCAUUGUGAUUGACGAUGUAUGGACAAUACGAGCAUGGGAGGCAAUACAAUUUGUGUUGCCAGAGAACAAUUGUGGCAGCAGAAUCAUCGUGACCACUCGGAUAGAAAUGGUGGCCAAAUCAUGCAGUACUGCAAGUGUUAGCGGACACGGCAUCCAUCAAAUGGAGCCCCUCAAGUUGGAAGAUUCUAAGAAGCUGUUCCUCAGCAGAGCAUUUGGCUCCGUAGAUGCCUCUUACCCUGAGGAGCUUGAAGAUGUAAUGGGCAAUAUUUUGAAAAAAUGUGGUGGGCUACCAUUGGCCAUUGUUAGCAUUGCAAGCGUUCUAGUUGGCUACAGAUCAUCAGGAAGCAAAGAUAAGUGGGAAACAAUUAGCAAAUCAAUUGGUUCUCAGAUGGAGAGCAACCCUACCCUUGAGGGGAUGAAGCAUAUAGUCACACUCAGCUACAACCACCUGCCUCACGAGCUCAAGGGUUGCAUAAUGUACUUUAGUAUCUUCCCGGAGGAUUAUGAGAUCAACAAGGAUCGACUCUUGACAAGAUGGAUCGCCGAAGGAUUAGUUCCUGAGAAGCGAGGCUUGACUGUAAUGGAGGUUGCAGAAUCCUACUUGGACGAGCUAGUGAGCAGGAACAUGAUUGUACCACAUUUUGGCUAUGAUGGUAAGGUGGAGUCAUGCCGGGUGCACGACAUGCUUCUUGAGGUCAUGGUGUCCAAGUCCCUGGAGUGUAACUUCAUCAGCCUGCUAGGAGGGCAAUAUGCAGCCAUGUCAUAUGACAGGAUCCGUCGCCUCUCCAUCCAAGGGGAUGACGACAUGAGGCCCCAGGGUGCACAGCAGCACAAGAAGAAGAUGACUGGACAAGGCAUUGGGGGAAUGGAUGUGGAGCAUGUUCGAUCAUUGAGCAUGUUUCAGCUCCAGACGCACAAGCUGCUCGAUCAUCUAGACAAGUUAUCCCUACUGAGGGUACUUGACCUAGAAGAUUGCGAGGGCCUAACAAAUGAUCAUAUGAUAUAUGUUUGCAGGUUGUACCUACUCAGGUUCUUGAGCGUGAAGGGUACAAAUAUCACCAAAAUGCCUCCUCAAGUUGGAAAGCUAGAGCACUUGCAGACUCUUGAUACACGUGGCACAUUCCUUGGCGGGCUACCAGAAACUAUGAUCAACUUGGAGAACCUUGAGCGCAUACAUUUCAGAAACAAGCAUGCAUGGAACGUUCUGUGGAAUUUGCCCCGGGGGCUCAGGAAGAUGAAGGCACUACGCGAGGUCGAUAUAGCAUUUCUCAGAGACGACGUCCAAGUUGCCCGGGAGCUGGGUGAACUACAACAACUUCAAAGUAUAGGUAUGUACAUUCAUGACUGCCAGUAUAACUCCGAGUUUCUCCGAGAGCUUGCCCUCUCCUUGAGUAAGAUGUACUCCCUCCGGAGACUCGACAUAUCAAAUAUGAAUAUUGGAAAUGGAAAGAUGACAUUUCUCUAUAACCUCCCCACGCCGCCACGACUCCUCCGACACCUUAGGAUCGAGGGCGUCCUCGAUGAUGGGUUGCCUAGCUGGAUCGGGUCACUCACAUACCUUGUUGAGUUCACAAUCAUGCGCACAAGGCUUGUUGGUGACCAACUAUUCGGCGUCCUGUGUAAGUUGCCCAACCUGAAGAGCAUCUGUAUGGAUCAGGACUUCUGCAACGACGAAGUCUUAGUUGUGCGCAAAAGCCACAACUUCCCGGUGCUCAGCAACCUGAUAGUGACCUAUAAACCACAAAGGCCCAAAGUUUUCCAAUUUGAGCAAGGAUCCAUGACACGACUUGAGACACUUCAAAUAGGAUUCAAUAAUGCGGAGCGGAGCAUUGUCGGCAUCGAGCACUUGACCAAGCUCAAAGAGGUACAGCUCACAGGUAACAAGCACAAUCCUUCACUACGCCGUGCACUCGAUCAGCUCAAGGCUGAGAACACGAGGCGCCCCCAGUCCAAUCAGCUCCAAGUCGUGGUGAAGUACUACUAGUGAUCGCUCUGUUGCUGCUCUCUUUCUUCCAGACAUCAAAAUUAUUAGUUCCGCUUGUUUAUUUGUAUCUGUGCUGCUUUUCCUUUCGUCCAAUGUAUUUCUUAGUUCGAGUCAUGUGGUAUACUUACUGUCGGAGAUUUCGUUUGAAAAUAAAGUAUUUAUUUGU